CGGUGCGGUAGAGAGGCAGCGGGUGCGGGGGAGAGGCGGGUCGUUGCGGAGCGGAGGGAGAGGCGGUGCGGGCGAGCGGCGGUGCGGGCUGCAGGGCGGCGGGAUGUUCAGCUGGCUGGGCAAGCAGGGCGGCGGGCGGGAGCGCGGCGGCGGCAGCGACGUGGUGCAGACGGUGACCGGGGGGCUGCGGGACCUCUACCUCCGCAAGCUGCUGCCGCUGGAGGAGCACUACCGCUUCCAUGACUUCCACUCACCCGCCCUGGAGGAGGCCGACUUCGAGAACAAGCCCAUGGUGUUGCUGGUGGGGCAGUACAGCACCGGCAAGACCACCUUCAUUAGAUACUUACUUGAACAAGACUUCCCAGGCAUGCGAAUUGGUCCAGAGCCUACCACAGAUUCUUUUAUUGCUGUGAUGUAUGGAGAUUCAGAAGGAAGUGUUCCUGGAAAUGCCCUAGUUGUUGACCCUAAGAAGCCGUUCCGCAAACUCAGCCGCUUUGGAAAUGCUUUCCUGAACAGGUUCAUGUGUUCUCAGUUACCAAACCAGGUACUGAAGAGCAUCAGUAUUAUAGACAGCCCUGGCAUUCUAUCUGGAGAGAAGCAGCGCAUCAGCAGAGGCUACGACUUCUGCCAAGUCCUCCAGUGGUUUGCUGAGAGAGUCGACCGUAUCAUCCUCCUUUUUGAUGCUCAUAAGCUGGACAUAUCUGAUGAGUUUUCAGAGGCUAUUAAGUCAUUCCGCGGCCAGGAUGACAAGAUUCGAGUGGUGCUUAAUAAGGCUGACCAAGUGGAUACCCAGCAGCUGAUGAGGGUCUAUGGUGCACUCAUGUGGUCCCUGGGAAAGGUGAUUGACACCCCAGAGGUGCUCCGGGUCUACAUUGGCUCCUUCUGGGCCCAUCCUCUCCGGAACACAGAGAAUCGAAGACUCUUUGAAGCUGAGGCACAGGAUCUUUUCAAGGAUAUCCAGAGUCUCCCACAGAAGGCUGCUGUGCGGAAACUCAAUGAUCUCAUUAAGAGGGCGAGACUUGCAAAGGUUCAUGCUUAUAUCAUCAGCUAUCUGAAAAAAGAAAUGCCCUCUGUAUUUGGAAAAGAGAACAAGAAGAAGGAACUGAUCAGCCGAUUACCCGAGAUCUAUAUCCAGCUACAAAGGGAAUACCAUAUCUCAGCAGGGGACUUCCCUGAAGUCAAAAAAAUGCAGGAGCAGUUGGAGACUUGUGACUUCACUAAAUUUCACUCUUUGAAACCAAAGCUAAUUGAAUCCGUGGAUAACAUGCUGGCCAACAAAAUUGCCUCCCUGAUGAGCCUGAUCAGACAGGAAGAGAGCAAUAUGCCCACAGAGAUGGUGCAUGGUGGAGCAUUUGAUGGCACUAUGGCAGGACCUUUUGGCCAAGGAUAUGGAGAAGGUGCUAAGGAAGGAGCUGAUGAAGAUGAAUGGGUUGUUGCUAAAGAUAAACCUGCUUAUGAUGAGAUUUUCUACACUCUUUCACCAAUCAAUGGCAAAAUAUCUGGGAUCAAUGCAAAGAAGGAGAUGGUGACUUCUAAACUACCCAACAGUGUGUUGGGGAAGAUCUGGAAACUUGCAGACUGUGAUGGUGAUGGGAUGUUGGAUGAUGAGGAGUUUGCAUUAGCAAAACAUCUUAUCAAGAUUAAACUAGAUGGGUAUGAACUGCCUGGCACGCUACCUUCCCACCUGAUGCCACCAUCGCACAGGAAGCCUUUGCAGACAGCAGAGUGAAAAAUAAAAGGAGAAGAAUGAGGGGUUUGGAAAUCUUACAACAAAUCUGUCAAAACCACCAAAAUUUGAAAUUAGGCUUAGGUCCUUAAACCUCAUAGCAUAUUUCACUCAAGUUACUGAAAUUAGAAGCAUCGUAGCAGGGAAACAUUCAUGUAGUUGUCCCUGCUGACUUUCACUGAGACAUGUUUAUCACAAGUGCCUUGUAUAGAUCUAUCAUAAUGUGUAAUGGUAAGAUGAAAAUGGUUUUGUAGUCUUGCUUCCACAUCUUGCUGCCUUUGCAACCAUAAAGCAGAAAAGGCCUUGGUUAAAAAUCGCUGACCUUCACCAAACCUAAAUGCUUUUAUUUUUAGGUUCUUCAGGCUACUUUAAGUAACGCAAUGAAGCUCUAAAUGUUAAAUCCACCUGUCUAUGCAAGGAAAAAUUUCUGUGCUAAAAACACACUUUAGGCAUUGAGUGAAUGCCAGCAUCUCUAUAGUGUUAGAGAAGGCGGAUAUAAAAGGAAUUUUUUUCUUUUUUUAUUUAAUUUGGGAGUAGAGAAAGAGAGAAAGUCUUUUAAGUACUCUAAAUUUGAGCAGACUUGUUUUAAAACCUGCUGUAGCUAACCUGCAAAUAUUGAAGUGAUUCUUUCAAUCUGCCAUCACUGCAUCUUAUGUGAAGAACUGCUUCUUCAGUUUUCUACAGCACUAUACGCUCAGUAUUAUGGUUGAAAGAACCAGAUCUCCUUUGUUCCUUGGAUUUGUAGUUUCUUUUGAGGUUUCAGUUUAGGUACCUUGCAGACAGUAAAUUCCCAAGUUGUUCAAAGUGACAGCAGAAUGUUUUUAUAAGCUAAAAAAAAAAAGCCAUGUUUCCAUUGAAAUUAAGCCUCAUUUUUUUAUUCAGAAAAGGUGCAUUGCUGAAAGUCAGCCUCUUCAAAGCGUAUCAAAUCGUCUUGGGAAACUUUCAUUGGUAUUUAAUUUAUAUUUACAGGCUAUUAUACAGUUAUCUCUGAUUUUUUUUAUAUAUAUAAUAUUUUUAAGAAAUAUUUUUAGCUCUUUUUUUUUUUGCUGAUGUGUAGCUGAUAGCCACAGAAGAGAGAUUUAAUUCCUCUGGUGGCAGAUCUGAAAGAUGGGAAAACUAGCAGGAGUCCUUACAGAAUCAAAUUUGAACAUUUUUGGCGGCUUACAACUGAUUUUGAUCAGUACCUUGAAAGAUCAUAAAUUUUUGGCCAAAAAAGGGUCAGUUCUUCCUAAAAUCAAACUUGACAGUCAGUUUUGGUCUACGCAUGUGAGCAAGAAUUGACUAGUACUCCAUUGGUAGUAUGAAAUGCCCUUCACAUCAAAGGUACUGUAAUUGCGAGCACUUUUUCUUUGAGUCCAGUAAGUGGUAGCAGUAGUCCCUUCUGAGACAGAAUAAGCCAAAAAGUGUUUUAGCAUCCUUGAAGUUACAAUGGGGAAGGAAGCGGUUUGGGUGUUGUCUCCCAGUUAAGAUUUUGGUCACAUUUGCGUGUUCCAGUUUCUAGGUGACCUAAGAGCAGCCUGAGCUGCUUUUUUCAAAUCACACCCUUGGAGGUUGUCAGUCAAGUUUAAUACUCCAGAUCAUUCUGGAUGUCUUAUCUUUCUGCAUCUGUUCCAAUCUGAUGUGAAAUCACUAUGAAAUUUGCUAGGACUCUGCCAUGUGAAAACAAUGAAGCUAUUUUAAGUAAUGACAGGGGAACACCUUUACCUAGCUAGCCCUCCUGGACUGUAUCAAGGAUAUCCUGGCAUAGUUAAACCAUUCUUGAGGACUUGCUUGGUUUUUUAAAAUUCUUUAGAUUAUUCUCUUAGCUUUCAAGCAUACCAACUCUAUUUCUGUUAGACCUAAAUUAGGAACCAAAUUAGCCUUAGUGCAUAUCUGUGCACUUUAGCAGAGCUGUGAAACUUGACCAUAACUCUACUUGUGUGACUGUACAUCUGCAGAGUAACUGAUUUUUUUUUUUUUAUCUAAUUUAUUUUUGAUUGAACAAAAGAUAGUCUAUAGAUGUUGCAGGAGUUGUUAAAAAAACAGGCUUCAGAAGUACUAAUGUAUGCUUGUUUGUGUGGAGCGUCUGCAGUCAGUAACAAAUUCAUACACUAAUGACUAGCCUGAGUAGCUUAGCAAGGAAAGCCACCAGCAGAAAGAAAGCAAGCUUGUGUAUUAUGACUACUGUAGUGUGAACAAAGGUGAGAGAAUCUGGAAGGUUGCUGGUCCUCCAGCUCUGUCUGCCUUAUCUUGCUAUUCAGCUGCAUAGGGUUCCAGGGUGGACCCAUGUUUGAAUUCCCACCAUGUGUAGCUUCCAGGGGUGAUGCUCCAAAUGCAUUGGAGCCAUGUGAUCCCAUGCCAGUAGAAAUAUCCUUCAUUGAGAGGAGUAGGAUAGUUUCUCAAUGAUGUUAUUUUAUUUUUCCAUCUUUACUGGGCAGACUGAAAUGCAUAAUCUUGAAUAAGUCAAAUUGUUUUGUCUGGGUGGGAUUGAAAUGUUUUGCUUUGUUUUCCUGUCGAACUUGAAAGGGGAAUGCACAAAGUCUAUAUAGGAGUAGAGGUGGAUUUGCUCUGUUCAUCUGGAGGACUAGAAGUGUUUCAGGAUCGGCAUGCAGGGCUACAUGUGUAAAAGCAUUUCUAUGUGUGUGGUGCAGUGCACUAGCAUCAUACUUAGUUGAUAGGAAUAAAGUACAUUUCAUGUGGACUUCAAACAGCAGUUUUCUUGCACAACUAAACUGAUACAGUAGGUUGCCAUUGCUCAGGGGAAGGGAUCUCUUUUUGCUACCUCCUCACAUACCCACAGAUACACUCCAUUUGCUUUGCCACUUCUGUAGUUUGUCAGAUCCUGCACAUCCAUUCAGUUAGUUAAACCUGCCACUUGCAACAGUUUAAGUUCUGUAGAGUUAGUGACUCCAUAUGUUAGGAGCAUGAGAAGGGAGCACGAUUAACUUCCCUCAUGAAACCAUGCUCUAACUAAUUAUUUGGAACUGCAGUAUGAGAUAACCUUUGGUAUUGAGUUUGAUGCUACUGAUCUCUGCUAAAGAAACACCAAGAUGUUGAAUUUGUGGCCUUUGUAUGCCCAGGAUUUUGGUUACAUCUGCUGCAAGAUAAUUGAAAGCUGUUGAUAAUUCAACCUGUGAAAUCAUUGCCCAUUGCUGUAGCCCGAUGCCGUAAGCCAAAGUAAAGACUGCUGCUUUUACCUUUUCUCCAACUGUGUCACAACAGUUUUAAUUCCCACUCCUAGUUCUGUUCCCAAAGAAAUUAAUUAGAAUUA